AUGUUAUCGGAUAGCAUUACUCUUUCACCAGCUAAUUGGACACGAAUUGGCGAGUACGGUAGAUUAUAUCAAACGGCAUACAACAUGUACGCACAGAUUGUUUUACAAAAAAUUGAUAACCAGACUCGAAAACAAUUCGAGGCCCGAUUUUUUCAGCUAGAAGACAAGCUAUAUCCUUGGUUUAUUCGCGGACCAGUAUACCAGUCUGCUUUGCAUUCAGCUUUCAAAUCCAACAGCGCAGGAAUUGUUAUGACCACAGGAACAAAAUAUGCACUCGUUGCAAAACAUACAAUCACCAUGCUACGACAUAUUGGCUCAAAGCUGCCUAUUCAGAUUAUGUACUGUGGCGAAAGUGAUUUGACCAAAUCAAAGCGAUUGAUGCUGUCAGAACUGCCUGGUGUGGAACUAGUUGAUCUCAAAAAUAUACUAAAUAUAGACAAGUGCAGUAGAGGAUGGGAGAAUAAGCCGUUUGCAGUCAUGGCUUCCAAGUUCCGACAUGUUCUUUUAAUAGAUUCAGACACGCUGUUCUUGCAGCCGCCAGAAACUAUUUUUCAAAUGCCAGAAUAUGUGAAAACAGGAGCAUUUUUGUUUCGGGAUCGAACACUGGCGGAUGGAACAUUCGGGUAUGGAGAAAAACGGGCAGAGAUGAUGAGGCAAAUCGCUAUGCCAUUUACAAACAACUUGAUCUACAACAACAGUCGAAUCAUGAGUCUCAAGGCAUCCGACGAGAUGGAAUCUGGCGUCGUUGCUUGGGAUAAAUUGCGAGCAAUGCCUGCAAUUCUUUUGACGAGUCUGCUAAAUAGCAAUCCACUUAAAAAUAGCGUAUAUUCCGUUGUAUAUGGAGACAAGGAAACAUAUUGGCUUGCUCAUGAAGCGUUGCAUAUUCCCUUUGGUUUAACCACUGGAUAUGGUGGUGCAAUUGGCACGCUGGAAAUGAGUGCCAGCACAUCCAAGGUUUGUGGACCGCUGCUGCACUUGGAUAAUUCUGGAAACCCGCUCUGGUUUAAUGGGGGGCUUGGAUCUCGAACACCGUCUUAUAACAUCGACCUACACAUUCCUGAAUACUGGGUCACAGAGUCUGCUGGAGAUAAACGUGUAAAAUGGGAUCUUAAAUCUAUGCCAUAUUGCUUGCAUGGUGUUUUAAACGCACCAGAAAACCAUACUCAUGGCCGGAUAAAUAAGCUUACUGAUGCACAACACAAGAUCACUCAAAAGAUGGUUGAUCUAUGGAUAGAGUACUUUCAACAAUAA